UCAUCCACAUGCCUUACAGAUCUGACAGCCCGGGGCCUGAAUAAAGGUGUCUGCGGCUGCCUGCAAGGUGAAAGGCUGAAACAAGCACCUGCCAGCUCUCUGUCCUCCUGAAACGUGUUUGGGUUGCAGUUGUCCAUGCUCUUAGUUCGCUCAUUGAUCAAGAUGUCGAGCCACAAUCCUUUGUUGAGGCUGGAGCAGCGAGCAGCCGAGGCUGACCAGAUCAUUGAGUACCUCAAACAGCAAGUCCAGCUACUAAAGGAAAAAGCCAUGGUUCAGGCCAGCUUCAGAGAGGAGAAGAAACUGAUGGUGGAGAACGUUAAAUUGAAGAAUGACAUAGAGGAGCUGAAAAAACAGCUCCUGGAGAAAGAAAAGAGAAGAGGAGUGUUGGAGGUCACGGUGCCUUCAGGUGACACGAGUGUUGAGCUUUGCUCAAAGCCCAUCCCUCCCAAACCCUCUGCGGCAGCGCCGGCUGCUUCCUCUCCUCCUGAUGGUGUCCAGAGCUCCCCUCCCAAAGGUGAUGGGAAGAAGAAGAAGCCAGAGAAAAAAGGAGGGGAGAAAUCUGAGAAGAAGCAGGCAGCACCCAGCCAGGAGGAAGCCAAGGUGGACGUGUCUCGUCUGGACUUGCGCGUCGGUCGUAUAAUCACGGCUGAGAAGCAUCCAGAUGCCGACAGUCUCUAUGUGGAGCAGGUGGACGUGGGAGAGGUUGCUCCGAGGACCGUGGUCAGCGGACUCGUCAAACACAUACCUCUCGAGCAGAUGCAAAACCGCAUGGCAGUCCUGCUGUGUAACCUUAAGCCAGCUAAGAUGAGAGGAGUGGUGUCCCAGGCCAUGGUCAUGUGUGCGAGCUCGCCAGACAAGGUCGAAAUCCUUGAUCCUCCGAGUGGAGCGGCACCAGGGGACAGAGUCACCUGCCAGGGCUUCCCAGGUGAGCCGGACAAGGAGUUGAACCCCAAGAAGAAAGUGUGGGAGCAGAUCCAGCCAGAACUGCGCACAGAUGACCGGUGUGUUGCAACCUACAAGGGUGCUGCUUUUGAGGUCGCUGACAAGGGAGUGUGCAAAGCCCAGACCAUGAACAACAGUGGAAUCAAAUAACAGAGCUGCAAGAAAUAAAUCAGUGUUUACUUGGCAAUCGUCUGCAGUGAUGACCAUCAUGGUGUUGAGCAACAGGAUGGUGAUGAAGGGACGUUAAUUCUGUACUUUGAAGAUAUUCAAUAAAGGGUUUGGAUUAACGGUA